AUGAAUCGUUAUUUGACAAUAUUUAUUCUAUUGUUUGGUUCGUUUGGUAAUAUUAUAAAUUUAUUCAUAUUUUAUCAACCAAAACAUCGUACAAAUCCAUGUGCUAUCUAUUUUUUCUAUACAUCAAUUGCCGAUCUAAUUGCUCUUUAUUCAGGUUUACUUAGUCGAGUUUUUGCUGGUUUCUCGCUUGAUAGAUCGGCAACAGAUGCUUCAAUUUGUAAAAUACGUGCAUUUAUUAUUUGGGUAUCAACAACAGCUUCAUCCUGGUUUUUAACUUAUGCUACUGUCGAUCGAUAUUGUAUAAGUUGUCGUGAUGCACGUCAUCGUAAUCUGAGUAAUCUUCGUUUUACACGUAAAUUAAUGUUCAUUACGAUUAUCGGUGGAUCAUUGAUAUUUGCUGAAACUUUCUAUUGUUAUGUACCAAAUCUUAAAAAUUCUCCAUUGACAUGUUAUGGUUAUAACAUAAUAUGUCGUUUAUAUAAUGAAAUUGCUUCAGCACUUAUGUUCGUUUUUCUACCAUCAACAAUUAUGUUUAUAUUCGGAUAUUGGACUGUACAAAAUGUAAGAAAAUUAAAUCAGGCAAUUGCACCAAUGGUUAUUACACAUAGAACAAUAGUUACAAUGAAAAGGACAGAUCGACAAUUAAUUCAAAUGUUAAUUGUUCAAAUUAUUCUAUUGACUAUAUUUAAUAUUCCUUUGGCUAUUCAUCGUCUCUAUUUAACAUCGAUGUUACAUACUUCAAAAAUUUUAUGA